AGGACCAUGAAGAAUCGGAUUUUAUUACUGAGAUAAUUAUAGCCUCAUCUAGCCACACACAACAAUUUCUCUGUGCUCCCAUAAGGGGAAAAACAUGGGUGUCUCCCAUGCUGCACCCAAACAAAUCCUCAAUAUCCACCUGGAUACAAUCCAAUACCAGGUGAUGAAAAUGCCAAGAAGGGUGUAACCGUGACAGUGCUGCAUCUCUUCCUGCAUUGGGGCACCUCUUGAAAGCUUUGGGGCUUUUUAUUUUCCUCUUUGGAUUUCCUUUGGUGAUUUCCAUAGAAUGGUAUGCUUAAAAGAAGAAGUGGUGGCAUGAGCAAGUACAAGCAGUUCACUGUGGUUAAAAUGCUGCUGGCUGUGGGAGCUAAGAGCUAAAUUUCAAAAGUUGGCCUAAGUCCUAUUUUCAAAAGUCACUUUGGUGCUUUUGAAAAUAUUAUGCAAUAUGCGCAGCCUAGAUUUUGCUCAAAGCAUUCCCUCUCUCUCUCUCUCUGUUCCUGCUGCAGAAAAGUUGCAUAUAAACUAACUUCACUGAAAUAAAUACUAACAAAAACAAGGAGGGGGGAAAAAAAAAGAAUAGCCUUUUAUACAUACAGUGGCAUAUUUAAUCCAAAAAUUACAAAACAAUAUAUAAAUUAUAUACUGUAUAUGUGUAUAUAUAUAUGUAUGUAUGUAUAUGUGUGUGUAUAUAGGUACGUAUGUAUAUGUAUAUACGCACACACACAUAUAUAUGUGUAUAUGUGUGCAUGUGUAUAAAAAUAAAUGUACACACUACAGUAUUACAUGUGGGAGGGUUGUGUUGGGUAAAAGUGUUGGCAAAAGCUAAAACAAAUUCUGUUGGAUUGACUUUUUUCUUUUAAACAGUUUUUUAUUUACCGAAAUGCUCUGGACACCCAGAAAGAUGGACGCUCUUUGCUAGGCAUGUACGUUGUUUCAUCUGUCUUGAAGUGCUUUGAUAAAUGCAUUGAAACUUGUUGGCUUUUCCUCCGGUUUCGGAAGCUCCCACUGGAUACUCUGUUGAAGUGCUAUUGCUGUAACUUCUUAGCAUAAUUCUUAAUGACUUGGAACAGAUAUCCCUGCAAGUCCUACAGAAACCACGAGGCCUGGGUUACCCCCCCCUCAAGUGGCAGAAGCCCACGAAUGUCACACGCGCCUAGUGUCGGAGCGCUAUUUCACCCGAGCGCACACUCGGGUGAAAUUCUUCUCGUGCAGAUAACUACAACACAAACCCUGUGUGCUACUUUCUCCACGUAGUCUAAGUGGUACCUGUCUUAGCCCUCUGUUGGCCAUCUAAACUGGGGUAAAUUUUACCUAUAAAACAGACUUCAGGAAAUGAAAGAUGAUAAAUGGCACAGGCAUUGUUCAGUGCUAGCUGAUUCCUAUUUUCACACUGCCAAACUCUGAAGUCCUCGCUUCUGUUAAAGCCUAUAGGGGUUUUGAAUGGGUAAAAAUGGAGCAAGGACUUGCGUGACCCAGGCCAAAGAUGUCUUGUCCAUUUUGAAAUGCUGUAUUAAAUGUUUUCUUUCCCCUUCAUACUGCUAUAUAGGAGACUUGAUUUAUUUAACGUUGUGUUCAGCUAUUUAUGCCUGCCGGCUGCACAAGAGGGAGUCAAAGAUUUGGAUCUUGUUUACAGCGGUCUGGAUGUCCAUGACGGUGUGGGGGGGUUUUUCCUGACGCCACCUAUGCGGGACCUUAGCUUUUCUUGUUACAUCUGCUGUUGGUCAUACUAUUAGUGAAAGGAAAUAAUAUGGCUAAGUGCACAAAUUCAUUUGAUUUUUCCAGUGUCAUUUCCCCCAUUAAACAUGUCUUGUGCACGUCUUCAACAAAUGGUUGCUUAUUGCUAACUUGAUAAAUAAAUGCUGCCUCCGUGCCAUCAAACAUCCACCCUGAGCAUCCCAAAACUGCAUUAGGUGUACCAGAAAGUGUUAAGGGACUUUUAAAAGAGUUCCUAUUUAGUUUAGUGUUAGUGCUGACCUGUGAAACACUGGAGUGAGGGUCACCAUAAGACCAUGAAGAGGACUCCAUUACCCUCAGCAUUGUAAAGCCAUGUUUGAUUUCCGCUCAGCCUUUUAUUUCACUUUUUAAUUCAUAUUUUGAAUAUUAAAAUUUGUAUAGGCAGCCAGAAGAGAGCAGCAUCUACACAAUACAUGCCGCAAAAAGGAGAUUAACAAUCAAUGGCUCAGCUCUUGGGGAUCGAGAAUGCGGGGUAAAGUGUCCUUCCCCCACUAUAUUCACUUCUGUUCACAAGGUCUCCAGUCUUUAGUUCUCCUACAGUAUUUAUCCACAGCAAAACAGGGGCCUGUGCAAUGCAGCUGGGUGUGAUCAGUCCUGAGAGAAACUUCAGAAACAUCUGCUGAAGUAGAUUUGGAUUUUUUUUAAUGGAAUCCCCCAAAUCAGCUUUGGAGUUCACAUUAACCAAUCUGACCUUUUGAUUUUCUAGUACAGAUAAAUAGAUACAAAAAUCUAAAAUUCCCUAAGGGAUACUGAUUUUAUUUUAAAAUUCCUUCAUCCUACUCACUUAGACCAAACAUGCUUACAUUAGUCCAAUGCCUCUGAAGUAUUAAAAGCCAUUUUUAAAAGCCAUUACUGAUUUUGCAUACCUCCACGUUUCAGCUGCCUGUCUCAAAACACUUGAGCUGUUUUCCAAAACUGCAGAGUAUCGACUCUCUGAAAAUCAGUCAUCUUAAAAGCAUCUCAAGUUGUUCAUGGAAAAAGUCAAGGUAUCCAAAUUUUCCCGUCACUUGUGAAAAUCUUGGGGGUGAAAUUUCUCCACAUCCAGGCACUGGACAAUUGCAUAUGUGUGCUUUAAUUCCACAUAAGCUAGUGAAGUUACAAUAGAAGAGCUAUGAAUUUGGUCCUUGGUGCAUAUAUGCUAUGUUGCAUGUGCCAGUGUAUAGCUACAGCUGCUUGACCUAGAAAACACUUUGGAGUAAGUAGUUCACAAUAAUACUAUAGAGCUCAGUCUGUAUGUAAGCUGUAUUCAUGCCUAUAAAAUUGCUGGCUAUUUUGCUAAUAGGACUACCAUCCCAAAAUAGUGGAUAUAGUUUGUUGUGUAUUGAGGUUGUUAUACAACUCUGUAAUGAUUUUAGCAUGCAAUGGAAGUUAGGAGGAAGCUUGGCUUUUUGGCCUUCAAAGGUCUCUGCGUCUAAGAUGGUAUUGUAUCUUCUUUUUUAAAGAAACUUUUCUACCUAACCAGCUUCUAUUUGCCCCAGCUAAACUUUCCCUGGAUUUUUUGCUAGCUAUGAUAGCUGUUCUGCAGUUAGAUUUUAAUCAGCCCUGGUGCACAGUAAUGUUAAACACUGAAAGAGCUGCUAAUUAAUCGCCUUUCUGUAUGUAACAGAGAGAUAAAUAUCCAUCCCGGAGGAAUUGUAAUUUCAUGGUUUCUAAUGAUGGUUAGAUUACAUUAUCUGGAUCACUUAGGCUGUGGGUGUCAUAAGAAAUGCUCAAAAUCAUUUUUACGCUGUUUUAAAAAAAAUGUACUUUGUAAACCUGAGAAAAUAAUGCAGUUUCUCAUCUUACAGUUAAAAUAGACCCUUAGGCUAGGUACAGAUAUUCAGAAAGCCAAGGUGGAAUUGAUCUAAGUUAUGCUGUUUUCUAUAAGAGGCAGAGCGUAGAACAGGAGUGAAUGGGGCACACGUUCACCUUUUGGUGGGGUGGAGGGAUCUCACACCGGGCUCCAGCAUUUUUAAACCAGUCUGUGAGUCCCAAACUCCUGUUUUGUUAUGGGUAUAGACUAGUUUCUGAUCGCUUAUGCCAGUCCAAGUGUAAUGGCCUCAAAGCACAGAGUUGAUGGGUUCAUAUAAGCUCAAUUUCAUAUUCCAUUGAAUAUGCACCUUCCAAAAUUAAAAUAAAGUACCAAUCUGCUAGGCUUUUGCAGUUUAAUGGCAAAAGAAUAUUUAGUUCCUCCGAACUGCUGUGCUUUGAGCUAAUUUAUUUAAGGAUGUCCAUUUGCAUUGUGUAUUGUCUACUAAGUUCUUCUAUAUACUGUAUGUAUAAGUUGUCUUUCUUGAACUAAUCAUGAACUGGACCUGUGGAGUAUAUUAAUUAUUAUAUCAAAUAAAAUAUGCAUUCCAAACGUG